AGGUGUCCAGAUGUUACUCCACAUGUAAGAACAUCAAACACGGAUGACACUGGCAGCUCAUGGCGUAAACUCCGACUCAUCAGCACAUCUCUCUAGACAGACAGACGCUUUUCUUUAUGCUCACCAAAAAGACAUAACUGUGUUUGGAGUUGCUUUUAUUCAGAUGUUCUGUGAUUUCUGUUGAUUAGUUUUUUUAAUUGUUAUUUUCCAUGCAUACUCUCACUUGACUGGCUGUCAGUGUGACUGACGUUGGAGCUCACAUCCAACAAGUCCAAGCUGUGAUCUCCCAGAGCAACACCAUCCAUCCAUCACCUCGAGUGCCUCAGCCGACCCUGGUCACACACGCACGCACAGCAGGGUGAAUGUGUCAUUUAUUGAACGACUCGUUAAGUUUGGUUUAGUGUACCUGAGACUGUUGGCUUGUUUCGCUCCCCGGUAGGAGGCGGGUCCGGUUACAACUGGGCGGGGUUAGUUCUGCUGUCCUGUCGGCUUCUGUCUGUCCUCGCGACUCGCUGACUGUCCAGCAGCCCGAAAGAGAUCGUCGGAGGAACACAGAGAGCAACAUAACGCCGAACUAGAGCGUUUGGAUUUACCGUCACCGGGGCAUCUGCUGCUGCUGGCGGAGCUGUAGCAGGACGGAGGACUGGACGAGUCCGCCCGCGUAUCCUCCAGGGUCGGUGAGAACGGAACCAACCAACCCUCACACCGCAACCAGGGAGAAGACAAAAGAAGAACUGCUUGAACAAUAGCAUGGAGGACAAACAGGCGAAAGAUAAAGAUCAGUGAAAGCAGCAGGGAUGGAGUGGUGAAACAGCUGGUAUGAAAAAAAGAGAAGAAACAUAGCAGAUAAACAGAAAACGAGUGAAUCCAGAUCAAAAGACAGACAAAAAACCCAGGAAAGGGCAGCAGGACAGAGGCUGAAAGAAGAUGGAAACUUUGGCAAAAUAGACGCCGAAGGUGAGCAGCUGGUUAUGGGACUGAAGACACAUCUGGAUGGUUAAGCCCCUCCUGAGAUGGCCUCCAGCUUUAAUGACAUCAUCAAACAGGGCUACGUUCGUAUGCGUAGCCGGAAACUUGGGAUCUAUCGACGUUGUUGGCUUGUGUUGAAAAAGUCAUCCAGUAAAGGACCUUGUCGUCUGGAGAAAUACCCUGAUGAGAAGGCUGCCUUCAUCAGAACAUGUCCUAAAGUGACAGAUAUUACUAAUGUGAAGAACAUCACCCGGUUACCUCGGGAUACCAAGCGACAGGCAGUGGCCAUGGUGUUCACAGAUGGCACCUCACGAACCUUCAGUUGUGACUCAGACCUGGAGGCAGAGGACUGGUUCAAAGUACUGUCAAUCGAAGGCCUCGGGAUACGUCUAAAUGACAUCAGUACGGGGGAGCCUGACCUCCUGGCAGCUGGGGUGCAGUGUGAACACACAGAGCGUUUCAAUGUGUUUCUCCUUCCAUGUCCCAACCUGGACAUUUAUGGGGAGUGUAUGAUGCAGAUCACCCGAGAAAAUAUCUACCUGUGGGACAUCCACAACCAUCGCAACAAGCUGGUCACCUGGCCUCUCUGCUCGCUGAGGCGUUACGGACGCGAUGCUACUCGCUUCACCUUUGAAGCUGGACGGAUGUGUGACAGCGGUGAAGGCCUCUACACUUUCCAGACCAGGGAGGGAGAGCAGCUCUACCAGAGGGUCCACUCUUCCACGUUGGCCAUUGCUGAGCAGCGCAAACAGGUUCUGCUGGAGAUGGAGCAAAGCAGUCGGUUGCUUCCCAAAGGUUCAGAACCUGGCUCCUACCCAUGCACGCCCACAGCCAUUUUACCAAGGUCUGCAUACUGGCACCACAUCACUGGGAACCAGACCAGUUUGGAUCAUGGCACUGGAGACCCUAGAGAGGACGAGCUACUGUCCAUACACCUGUCAGCUGAACGUCGCACCACACUGGCCCCAGCUAACUCACACACACACCUGACACACUCCACAACGCUGCCCUACUCAUCCUAAACACACACACACUUUGUCUUCUCAUCAGCUGGAUCUCCAAGUUUUGGACUUCCUCUGCUGUCUCUGAUAUUACUCGACUCCAGAGAGAUCUCAUCACAGACUGUCAAACUGUUUUAACAAUGGAGACAUUUGUUCUGCUUGCAGAGUGUGUUAGUCUCAAAGUGUGUUUGUCUCAAAGACUGUAGGGACAUUUUGCAUAUUUCUAUUUGGAAUAUUGUAUUAAAAGUGAAUGAAUGUCUUUCACACUCACAGCUGGUGUGCAUGUUACCCAAAAAAUAGAAAGCAUUAUGAUUCAGCUGCUGAGAUUCCAACCCAGUUCUUCUGGUUCUCCCACUCCCAUCAUGGCUGCUCUAUCAUAUGUACAGAUUAUAAAACUCUACCGCUGUUAAAGCUAGCUGCUAGUGUGGCCUUUUGCCUGGCAGGUUGCUGUUCUGAAAUGAUGAUUGUUUUACUGAUCAUAUUACUACUACCACAACAUCUACUACUACUAAUGAUAGUUAUAAUGCAGAUUGCAGGGAAAGAUGUUUGCAAAAUUGACAUUUAAAGAAACACAAUUGUCUGUCCAAUCACCUCUAUUAAACCACCUUAAGUCAUUCACUACCAUUGACGAUUAAAGUCGCUAUUUUAAAUACAACCACUCACUGCCAUUGGCGACUUAAGUAUUCAAUUGUGGGUUUUAACGGGGUGGCCUUGGGAACAAGUUUGUUAUCAGAAUGAUAAUGCCAUAAGCCCAGGUGGGCUGAUUCUACCCACCAAUCGGAAACUUCCCUAAUGGAAGGUGUGAAUUUGUGCUGGCUUAUCAGUCAGCAGUGGGUGUGUUGGCCCUGGUCAGCCUGAAGCAGACCACCUCAGGAAGAGGGCUGACAAACAGUCUGGUUACACCCUGAAAAAAGGCAGGCUACGCUAAUGUAGAAACUCUUUAUGCUGUACAGUCCAUGUGAAGCUGAUGCUAGUGUGAAAGGGGCUUAAGCCUAUAGCUGCCUAAACUACAGGGAUAACUCUGGAUAACCUAGCCUUUUAGAUAAAGGCAUGUUGGAGGCAGGGCAAGGGAGAGCCGUCUUUACCGAUUGUAUUUUCCACCUCUCUCUACUCCCUCACUCUUCCAGAUCUGGGCUAACAUCAGAAUCUAACCAUGUAAUACGAUCAAACAGUCUUAAAAAUAGACAAGGUGUCUGCCUCACGGACUAAAGCUGGGAGCUAGUUCCACAAGAGAGGAGCCUGAUAACUAAAAGAU